GUGCAAGACUCAUUUUCUCCACUGUUGUUGAUAAGAGUCUGAAACAACAAGGUCACGACGACGAUGAGCUGCUGCUGAUGUGAGAGACCUUUGUUUUUAUUAGUCUACCAAACAUUAAGAAAUAAGAGAGAAAAAUAGAGGAAGAAGAAGAAGGAGACAAAACAAUGAGUGUGUCUUUGAGUGUGAUGUCAUUCAAUCUUCACGAUGAUCAACCUGAAGAAAGCCCUAAUUCAUGGCUCAAAAGGAAGGAUUUGUGUCUCACUGUCAUCACCAGUUACUCCCCCAUUGUUCUCUGUACCCAACAAGGUGUGAAGUCUCAAUUGGAUUAUCUUCAGCAGGGGUUGCCAGCCUAUGAUCAAUUUGGCAUAUCAAGAAAAGGACCUGAGGAUGCUAAUGAUGAACACUGCACCAUCUUCUUCAACAAGGAAAAAGUAGAGCUGCUAGAGGGUGGAACUUUUUGGCUGUCGGAGUCUCCCUCGGUCCCUGGAAGCACAGCAUGGGGUUCCGCAGUUCCUUCUGCCUACACAUUCCAACUGAAAGGAGCGGAGCCACCGGGAUUUUCGUUCCAGAUAGUCAACACAAACUUGGAUGAAAUCAGCCCUCGUGCCCGUAGGCGAAGUGCUUUACUCACAUGGCAACACAUAGCAUCAUUACCUCCCACUUUGCCGGUUGUGUACUGUGGAGGAUUCAACACACAGAAGGAAUCAACAACAGGGCGAUUUCUGUUGGGCAGAUCUAGAGAGCACGGUGUGGUAGGGGACAUGAGAGACGCAUGGCCAAGUGCCCGAGUAAGAAAAAACGUCGCUCUCGUAAGAACAUACCAUGAUUUUAAAGGUGACAAGCAGGGAACUGUCGAGUUCUUGAAGCUGAUAUUCAGAGCGUUAUGCCUAUGCUGGGACCGACAGACACAAGAUCUACAUACGGAUUGGAUACUUUACAGAGGUAGAUCUAUAGUUCCUGUAAUGUGCGAGAUCGUAAAUGAUAAGAUUGACGACUUGUAUCCUUCAUCUCACUACCCUGUGUUUGCUGAGUUUAUGCUUCCUCGUUCUGUAAGAAUGCUUGAACCUACUCCUCCUGUUUCUGCUCCUGCUCAAGCGGAAAGCUAGAACACAUGUCCUCUCUUGCUUAAGGUUUGGACAAUGCUGAUUGUUGUUGUGCAAAUGAGCUCUGUUUUUUCUCGGAGCCUUUAUUUAUUGGUUUGAGGCUUUGAGCUAAAACUUAUUCAAAAGAUAUUUGAAGAAAUUGUUUUGUUUUGC